CCCUUCUGCUCUGCGUGUCCCCGCGACUCGGGACACCGCCGGCGGGAGCCCACGGGUCACCUGGGCAGAGCAACCAUAAUAAAGGAACACGGGGGAUGACCACGGGCACGGGCUGCAUGGUCUGAAGUCGUGGGGGCUCUGGGUCUCUCCAGAGCGCAGCUCUGGGCUGCGAGCCAGACCGGCUAAGCCACUGCGCGCUGGGAGCAGGGAGCUUUCCCUCACUCAGGUUCCGAUACAGCUCUCCAUUUCCUGGGAAGAUUUUCCGUCUCUGCCGAUGUCAGAGGAGUCAGGACCCGGACAGAAGAGCUCAGGAUGAAGGUGAAAGGCAGAGCCAUCACCUGCUUACUUGUCUCCUUCGCUGUGACCUGCCUGCUGGCCGCCCCGGGGAGCAGGGCCUGCCCUCGCCGCUGCGCCUGUUACGUGCCUGCAGAGGUGCAUUGCACGUUUCGGUACCUGACCUCCAUCCCAGACAGCAUCCCACCCAACGUGGAACGGAUCAAUUUAGGGUACAACAGCUUGGUUAGAUUGACGGAAACGGAUUUUUCUGGCCUGAACAAACUGGAGUUACUCUUGCUUCACAGCAAUGGCAUCCACACAAUCCCCGCUAAGACCUUCUCGGAUUUGCAGGCCUUGCAGGUCUUAAAAAUGAGCUAUAACAAAGUGCGCAAGCUGCAGAAGGAUACUUUUUAUGGCCUCGGGAGCUUGACACGGUUGCAUAUGGACCACAACAACAUUGAGUUUAUAAACCCAGAGGUUUUUUACGGACUCACCUCUCUCCGACUGGUGCACUUGGAAGGAAAUCAGCUCACCAAGCUCCAUCCAGAUACAUUUGUCUCCUUGCGCUACCUCCGGAUAUUUAAAACCUCUUUCAUUAAGUACCUAUACUUGUCUGAUAACUUUCUCAGCUCCCUCCCUCAAGAGAUGGUCUCCUAUAUGCCUGAGCUGGAAAGCCUUUAUCUUCACGGAAACCCCUGGACCUGCGACUGUCAUUUAAAAUGGUUGCCUGACUGGAUACGGGAGAAGCCAGAUAUAAUAAAAUGCAAAAAGGACAGAAGUCCCUCCAGUCCUCAGCAGUGUCCACUUUGCAUGAACCCCAGGACCUCUCAAGGCAAGCCCUUGGCUGUGGCUGCAGCUGCAGCUUUCCUGUGCACCAAGCCAACCAUUGACCCAUCCCUGAAACUGAAGAGCCUGGCUAUUCUGGAAGACAGCGGUUCUGUGUCCAUCUCUCCCCAUGAUUUCACGGCACCUUUCGGCUCCCUCACUUUGAAUAUGACAGACCAAUCUGGAAAUGAAGCUAACAUGGUCUGCAGCAUCCAAAAGCCCUCAAGGACAUCAUCCAUUGCAUUCACUGAGGAAAAUGACUACAUCACGCUAAAUACAUCAUUUUCAACAUUUCUGGUAUGUAACAUUGAUUACAGUCACAUUCAGCCAGUGUGGCAAGUUCUGGCUUUGUACAGUGACUCUCCCCUGAUACUAGAAAGGAGCCACUGUCCCAGUGAAACACCACAACUCUGCUACAAAUAUAAACAGGUGGCUCCUAAGCCUGAAGACAUCUUCACCAGCAUAGAGGCUGAUCUCAGAGCAGAUCCCCCUUGGUUAAUGCAAGACCAAAUUUUCUUGCAACUAAACAGAAGUGCCACCACACUCAGUACAUUGCAGAUCCAGUACUCCAGUGAUGCUCAAGUCACUUUACCCAGGGCAGAGAUGAGGCCAGUGACAUACAGAUGGACCAUGAUUUCCAGGGAUAACAAUACUCAGCUGGAACGCACUGUUUUGGUUGGUGGGACUGUUGACCUAGACUGCCCAGGCCAAGGAGACCCCACCCCACAUCUGCAGUGGCUUCUAGCUGAUGGGAGUAAAGUGAGGGCCCCUUAUGUUAGUGAAGAUGGACGAAUCCUAAUAGACAAAAGUGGAAAACUGGAACUCCAGAUGGCUGAUAGUUUUGACUCAGGCAUAUACCACUGCAUAAGCACCAACUACGAUGACGCGGAUAUUCUCACCUACCGGGUUACCGUGGUAGAGUCCCACGUAGAAGCCCAACACGAGAAUGGGGCUCAUCAUACCGUUUUCAGUGGUGAAACGCUUGACCUUCCAUGCCAUUCUACUGGCAUCCCAGAUGCCUCUGUUAGCUGGGUUCUUCCAGGAAACACUGUUCUCUAUCAGUCCUCAAAAGACAAGCAAAUUCUUAACAACGGCACACUAAGAGUAUUACAGGUCACCCAAAAAGACCAGGGUUAUUAUCGCUGUGUAGCAGCCAACCCAUCAGGGGUCGAUUUUUUGAUUAACCGAGUUUCAGUCAAAACAAAAGGGCAAAGGCCAGUGGAGCACAAUGUAGAGACAGAUGGAUCUGGACUCGAUGAGCCCAAUCCAAUUGCUCAUCUUAAGGACUCGCCAGGUGCGCAGCUUCCUACAUCUGUUCCAAUGGGAGCUGAGGCUGGAAAACAAGUCUGGAGCACAAGUAAGAAGCACAACUAUCGGGAGUUAACACACCGGCGGCGUGGAGAUUCAACAAAUGGACGUUUUAGGGAGCAUAGGAGGCAGUUCCCUCCCUCUGCUCGGAGAAUUGACCCACAACACUGGGCAGCACUUUUGGAGAAAGCCAAAAAGAAUACUAUGCCAGAGAAGCGAGAAAAUACCACAGCAAGACCACCUCCACUGGUCACUCAGCUCCUGAAAAUACCUGCUGAGGAAGGUGACUCUUCAGGCAUGCUCCCUCCAGAUGAGGAAUUGGUGGUCCUGGCAACUAAGGCUCCCAGUGUUCUAGUAAGGACAGUGACUGCUAAUUCCAGAAAAACAUCUGCUAGCCCUGUGACAAAUAUAGCUGCUGGCACUGAAGUCUCCCCAAUUGUGAGUCCACAAAUACUACCACCUGAAAAACCAACAGGUUUCAAACUAUCUACUACUGUUAAAACCAUACCCAUGUCAAACAAUAUAAACCCAACCACACUGAGCAAAAUGCAAAAUGCAACCAACCAAAAUUUACCUACCAUCUUUCCUCUACUACCGGAAGCAACUCAAUUUCAGGAUGCUGACAACAUGGGGAGAAGAGAGCAUUUGCAAAGUGCUCCCCCAAUAACAGUGGGGACUGUGAUCAAAGAUGUCCAUAUCAAAAUGCUCAGUAGUGCUCACGGCAAACCUGAUAUAUUCUUAGGGUCAGUAAACGCCACCAAAAGUCAUCAGACAUCUGUAACAGGAGGCAGUGAACCCAGGAGCAAUCACUUCUACUCCCACGUUGCUCUUAGCACCUCCAAGCUCCCUUCAGGCCCACACAUUGCUGCUCAUUCUCAGUUACAGAUUCCUAGAAAUAGCACAACUAACAUCCCACUGCCCAGACGCUUUGGAAGACGGAGGAAAAUUUGGGGCAGGGGGCGAAUUAUCAGCCCAUAUAGAGCUCCAGUUCUCCGACAGCAUAGAUACGGCUUGGGGAGGCCCACAUUCCGAGGUUCUCCCGAAGAAAGUACCACUGCCUUUCCAGCCCCAGAGCUCAAUGUGCUGUGCCCAUCCUGUUCUCCCGGAGGAAGGCGUACCACUGCUGCUACAACAGCAUUGUCUUCUCCAAGUUCUGCCCCCAUCACCCUCCCCAAAGCUGAAAUUGCCAGAGUUGCAGCAGAAGAGUCUACAACUCUAGUUUACAAUCCGUCGUUACUAUCUGAGAACAAACCACAUGUAGAUAUUGAGAAAACAACACCCACAAUGAAAUACUUCAGUGCUGGAAGUACCCAAGUGGCUCCAACUGGUGCAGUCAUGACUCAUGCCCCUGUGUCCACAUCUAUGGAAAGAACUCACAUAAUAAAUAUUGGUUCCCCAAGCGUGCCUAACAUCAGUGAAGCUAAAAGAGAUUCAGUGAGUGUAUCUCCACUUCCAGGCCCCACCACCAAGCCAUCUAUGCCUCCUACUAUAGCCAUUACAAGAUUUUCGAGAAGGAAAAUUCCCUGGCAUCAGAUCUUUGCAAAUAACCACAUCCAAAAAGAGAGGUUCAAGAAUCAGCAUAAAUUUGGUUCACAAAAAAGCACGGCCAUGGUGCUUCCUAAAAAAUCUCCUGCUCUACUCACAGAUAAAGUUUCCCCCUUCCAUUUCACAACACUCUCAGCAAAUGUGAUGCAAAUUCCAUCUGUAGCAUCAGCUACAACUCACCACAAUACCACCGAGACACACCAUCUUGUAAGGCCCCCAACACCAAAGGAGCCACCCUUCCCACCCCUUUACCCUACACUUCCCAGAAUCUCAAGCAAGGAGCCAAGUACAGAUUUCAUAUCAAUGCAAACAGCCAUGCUGACAACUCCUACUGCUCCUGUGUCUAUCAUUGUCAGUAAAACCCAAAUAGCCAGACUCAGGACACAGAAAGUACAAAGUGAAAAGGAGCCUGAGCAGAACGGGGAUGACCCAAAGCCCUCUCCCGGCCAGAGUACUGGCUUUACCACAUCUGCUGCCGUGACGCCUCCUGUUUUAACCGCAGCUGAAACUUCAACCGAGCCUGAUGCCUCUGCUUUCACUCACCCCCCACUGGAAAACACAAAAGGAACUUUAAGAAUAACUGGUCUUCAUCCAAGAACACUUAAUCUGACUUUGAAGAGCACAGGUGCUUCUGAAACCACUGUGUCCAGCAAACUGCACCAGUGGACCAAGACCAGGAGCACAAUCAGUGGGCUCUCCACCACGUCCCUGCUCCUAAGCAGCAGUGCCAGUCCCCUGCCAAUUCCCACCUCCCCCGCCUUGAGUAAUCAAAACGCAGUGACUGACAACAUGGCAACUCCGGUUUCCAGGAUGAUGACAAAUAAAAUGGCCCAGCCAAAUGGCUCCUCAAGGCACAAUGCUGAUCCACAGCAAAUAGCAGCAGAGGUUGCAACAUCACCCGAAGUUCACCCAAAUGCCAGGUUCACAACUGGAACCACCCACGUUGUCUACUCUGAUCUGUUACAUUCUACUCCUGUGCCCGCACCAUUAACAGUUAAAUCACAGAAUUCUAAAUUGACGCCCUCUCCCUGGUCAGAAAACCAUGUUUGGCACAAGUCACACCCAGAAAUUCCUGAAAAGGGCAAACAGCCAGCAGUGAGCAUGUUCCCCGCUCCAGGCUUCCCAGCGGCCACCACUCAUGCUUCCAAUUGGGACAUACAGAAGACUGCAGAGGAAAGAGACUUUGAUAAGACCCCAGUUCAAAAAAUAACAACUUCUGAACGUCGUCCCUUCGAUUCUUUAUCUAGGAAUAUGUUUGAAAGGCCCAGAAUAGUUGGUGGAAAAGCAGCAAGUUUUACUGUUCCGGCUAACUCCGAUGCCUUUCUUCCUUGUGAGGCUGUUGGAAAUCCCCCGCCCACGAUCCGCUGGACCAGAGCCUCACCAGGACUUGAUUUGUCUGCAAGGAAACAGAGCAGCAAGUUCCAGGUGCUCCCCAAUGGCACCCUGUCUAUACAGAGAGUGGAGAUUCAGGACCGUGGACAGUACCUGUGCUCGGCAUCCAAUCCGUUUGGCACAGACCGCCUUCAUGUCACCUUGUCCGUGGUUUCCUAUCCCCCCAGGAUCCUGGAGAGACGUACCAAAGAGAUCACAGUCCAUUCCGGGAGCACUGUGGAAUUGACGUGCAGAGCUGAAGGUAGACCAAGCCCCACGGUUUCCUGGGUUCUCGCAAACCAAACAGUGGUCUCAGAAUCAUCUGAGGGGAAUGGGCAGGCCCUGGUGACAUCUGAUGGAACGCUGGUCAUCCACAAUCUCAGUAUUUAUGACCGGGGCUUUUACAAAUGCCUGGCCAGCAACUCAGCUGGCCAGGACUCACUGCUGGUUAAAAUACAAGUCAUUGCAGCCCCACCUGUUAUUCUGGAGCAUAAGAGGCAAGUCAUUGCAGGGAUGUGGGGUGAAAGUUUGAAGCUGCCUUGUACUGCCAAGGGAACUCCUCAGCCCAGUGUUCACUGGGUCCUCUCUGAUGGCACUGAAGUGAAACCACUACAGUUGGUCAAUUCCAGGUUGUUCUUAUUUUCAAAUGGGACUCUGUAUAUAAGAAACAUAGCCUCUUCUGACAGAGGCACUUAUGAAUGCAUUGCUACCAGCUCCACUGGUUCGGAGAGAAGGGUGGUAAUUCUUACAGUGGAAGAGCAAGAGACCAUCCCCAGAAUAGAAUUUGCAUCCCAGAAAUGGACUGAGGUGAAUUUUGGAGACAAAUUACUCCUGAACUGCUCAGCCAUUGGGAAACCCAAACCCAAAAUAAUCUGGAGGCUACCAUCCAAGGCCAUCGUUGACCAAUGGCACAGAAUGGGCGGCCGAAUCCACGUCUACCCAAACGGAUCCCUGUUUAUUGGGUCAAUAACAGAAAAAGAUGGCGGUGACUACUUGUGCGUGGCAAGAAACAAGAUGGGGGAUGACCUGAUACCGAUGCACGUUAGCCUGAGACUGAAACCUGCCAGAAUCGACCACAAGCAACAUUUCAAAAAGCACGUGUUCUAUGGGAAAGAUUUCCAAGUCGACUGCAAGGCUUCUGGCUCGCCACUGCCCGAGAUCUCUUGGAGUUUGCCCGAUGGAACGAUGAUAAACAGUGCGAUGCAAGCUGAUGAUAGCGGCCACGGGGCCAGGAGGUACACCCUGUUUGACAAUGGAACCUUGUACUUCAACCAAGUUGGCAUAGCAGAGGAAGGGGAUUAUACUUGCUAUGCCUGGAACACUCUCGGGAAAGAUGAAAUGAAGGUCCACCUGACAGUCAUAACAGCUGCCCCACGGAUCAGGCGGGGUGACAAGACCAGCACGAGAAUCAAGGCUGGAGACAUGGCCGUCCUUGACUGUGAGGUCAUUGGGGAACCCAAACCGAAAAUAUUUUGGUUGCUGCCUUCCAAUGACAUGAUUUCAUUCUCUAAGGAUAGGUUCACAUUUCAUGCCAACGGGUCUUUGUCCAUCAACAAGGUGAACCUGCUCGAUUCUGGAGAGUAUGUGUGUGUGGCCCGAAAUCCCAGUGGGGAUGACACCAAAAUGUACAAACUGGACGUUGUCUCCAGACCUCCAUUAAUCAAUGGUCUAUAUACAAACAAAACUGUCAUUAAAGCCACAGCUGUGAGGCAUUCCAAAAAACACUUUGACUGCCGAGCCGAAGGGAUGCCAUCUCCUAAAAUCAUGUGGAUCGUGCCGGACAAUCUCUUCCUCACAGCCCCAUACUACGGGAGUAGAAUCACCGUCCACAGGAAUGGAACCUUGGAAAUCAGGAACGUGAGGCUUUCAGAUACAGCCGAUUUUAUCUGUGUGGCUCGGAACGAAGGAGGAGAGAGUGUGCUGGUGGUACAGUUAGAAGUACUGGAAAUGCUGAGAAGACCAAUAUUCAGAAAUCCGUUUAAUGAAAAAACAGUUGCCCAGCUCGGAAAGCCCACAGCACUGAAUUGCUCUGUUGAUGGAAACCCACCACCUGAAAUAAUUUGGAUUUUACCAAAUGGCACACGAUUUCCCAACGGACCACAAAAUUCUCAGUAUCUGAUAGCAAGCAACGGUUCUUUUAUUAUUUAUAAAACAACGCGGGACGAUGCAGGAAGAUAUCGCUGUGCAGCAAGAAAUAAAGUUGGUUAUAUUGAGAAACUGAUCAUCUUAGAAAUUGGCCAGAAGCCAGUUAUUCUCACUUACGCACUAGGAACAGUGUACUGCAUCAGUGGAGAAUCGCUGUCAUUGCACUGUGUGUCUGAUGGAAGCCCUAAGCCCAAUAUCAAAUGGACCGUACCAAGUGGAUCUGUAAUAGAUAGGCCUCAAAUUCAUGGAAAAUACCUAUUGCAUGAAAAUGGCACCUUAGUCAUCAAAGAAGCAACAGCUUAUGACAGAGGGAACUAUAUUUGUAAGGCUCAAAAUAGUGUUGGCCAUGCCCUGAUCACUGUUCCAGUAAUGGUUGUUGCCUUCCCUCCCCGAAUCACCAAUCGCUUACCCAGGAGCAUCCUCGCAAGGACAGGAGUGGCCGUGCGGCUCCACUGUGUUGCCCUGGGGGUCCCCAAGCCGGAAAUCACAUGGGAGAUGCCUGACCACUCCCUGUUCUCAAUGGCCAAAAGAGGGAGGACACACGAAAUGAGGCCUUUUCACCCACGAGGCGCCCUGGUCAUUCAGAAUCCUCAGCCCUCGGAUUCUGGGAUUUACAAAUGCGCGGCCAAGAAUCCACUUGGUAGUGAUUACGCAACAACUUAUAUUCAAGUGAUUUGACUGAACAAAGUCAACAUCGGGACAGAGUUUAUUUUUUGGAAGAAGUUUAAUCAAAGGCAGCCAUAGGCAUGUAAAUGAAUUUGAAUACAUUUACAGUAUUAAAUUUAUAGUGGACAUGCAAAAAAAAAAGACUUGUAAAUAAAUGCAUUAUGAACUGAUACUGAUUUCUUUAAUGGAUCUCAAAACAAGCUUUUUAACUUAAGGCACUUUUAUUUUGCCAACAAAUAACAAUGAAGGUGAAGGGAGACUGUCCCCGGAAGCAAACAAACACCAAGGUACCCGCGCUGCCCACCAGAGCGGGCCCUUCCUCCACCGCCAGGUGCCUAGUGUCCACCUGCUACCAAGGUUACAAGCUUGGCGCUGAGGACAGAGACACAAAAAAAAUUAAAUGUGCAGUCUCAAUGUAAAUUUGCCAUCUCGAUGUAUAAAUAUUUUGUGGUUGGUUUAUAAAUAAUUUACUAAAACCUACAGAAAACAAGCACUGAGCUGUUUUGAUUACGAUUCACCAUUUUGAGCACACUGACAAUUUUCACUGAUGGGGAAUACAAAAAUGUUUUAGUGACUGCAUUUAAAAAUCAAUGCAGGCUAACUUUUUCACGUGUAAAAAGCAACUUAAUCCCUGCACAUCAUAAAGUCUGGAAAGGGGGUUGAUUACCUUUUGUCCAAAUAAACCCAUGGAAAAGGUUUUAAAAAUACAAUGAAACUUCCUUAUAACUUCAAAACCUACUUCAGGCACCCCUGGGUUUAGAACUGUUUACAAGGAGAGUUUUCUGAGGAGGAACCAUUGCUCUAUGAGCGUUUAUUUCAUUGUGACAAUCCUCUAUGUGGCAGGAAAAUGUUUGAGAAAAUCUAGAUCUAAUACAUGUAAUGAAGUUUCACUGUACUUAAUUUGGUCAACCCUACAGAAAAUGCUUUUUGUUAAUUCACUGAAUUUAUUUAUAUUACAUGCUUAAUUCAACCUGAAUUAAUCUGGGGGACAUUAAGAUUGAUCUUUUCUAAUUCUAGCAGCUGGGAAGAUUUUCCAGUGUAAUUUCUCCAGCAUCUACUCGAAUAUUCACCUAUUAUUUAAGAAUAAUUAUAGGAGCUUUAAUAAGCAGAAAAGAAGAAGAACUUGCCAAAGGUCUUGCUCGGAUAAUUCAGCACACAAAACCAAUGGCUAGGUCAGCCCCUCCCAGUUAACUAUCUGAAACAUCCUGGGAGCUCGCUGCAUCAUUUCCAUCACACCAACUUUCAGCUGGCCCCACCUAAGGGGGGGACUUACUUCCGGGCCAAGAGGCGUGAAUAAAAUGACAAAUGUAACCCCCGUUAGGAAUGAGCCUGCAGUGCAAAUAGGGUGCCUAGGGCUUCUUACAUCGAGCUGCACUGACUUCAAAGCCUUAUCUUUAAGGGUAUCUGGGGUCUCCAUUUUCUCCGAUGAUGACUUCCUUUCUAUCUCUUCGAGCAAAUUACCAGGUCUGCCAAAGGAUAGGGCUUUCCCUGUGAUCAUCUUAAUAUGAAUUAAUGCAUUUGCUAAAAAAGAAUCCUCUCAGGAUAGAGGAUUAAGUCGGAGGAAACAUGAUAGGACUAGAUUAAAAAUUCCAGUUGUUCUCUUUAUAAUGCACAGGGGAAAACCAGCUUUAGGUUUUUCCUCACUUUCCAUAGAAUUGUUAAAUUAUAGGGCCUUACCAUGACUUCGCUUCCUCAACUAAAGGAAAAAGACAACAGAAAAAGUAUACCCCACAGCUUUCAUGUGCAAAAUGAUUAAUAAAUUAAUUUCACUAACUUCUGCAAAAUAUAAAGUGCAUAUAAAUGCUAUGCAAUUAUAACACUCAUUCUGGAAACAGUAUUACUGCUGUUUGCAAUAUUGAGCUACAAAAAUAUAUGGCUCAAACUGAAAAGUGGCAUUUUAAAUGCCAAUAACUCUUGAAAAGAAAGAAAACAAUCAGGAGAGAACACGACUCACCAGGCACGACAUUCACAUUUCGGUGGUUUUGCCAAGGCAGUCCUUAUAUGAAUAUAUUACUUUGAAGAAAAAUAACUUCAUGAACUCUAAGUAUGAUUCUCGAGAGGGAAAAAAAUCUGACAUACAAAACCAGCUGAAAUGUAAAGAUUCAUCUUCUGAAAGCAGAUAGAAUAUAGUAAUUUAGUGAAAAGGAUGGUCUUUAAUGUUUUGGCAAAGUCGUUUCCAGCCCAGAGUAAACACGAAAUGAGCAGGCUGGAGGGAAAGAGUUUCACAGUGUACAAAGCGGUUCACACGGAUGCUGCCACAGCAAAGUAAGCGGACGUGUAUCUGAGGUCGUUUGCAUGAGUCAAACUUUGCAAUGAGUAACUCACCUAGGAAGAUAUAAAUUAUUUAUAUAAUGAUUUGCAAAAGAAGUGAUCUACUGAAGUUGUACUAGCUACAUUUAAAAAAAGGAGUUCUACAUGGUUGCUCAUUAUAGACAAAUCUAUUCACAGUAUGCUUGACUACAUUACAUGGAAAAUCAUAUGGCAAAAGAAAAUGAAUUAACACAGAACAUGGGAAAAUAUCCCCCACAUAUGUUUUAAAAUGCCCUGCAAUUCUCACAUUCAAAAUUUUAUGCAUCUAAAUCUAAAAAAAUAUUAUAUGGAAUACUCUUAAGUUCCACAAACUGAUAAUAAUUUACUGUAUUUUUUACUCUAAUAGGAGCAAAUUACCACAUACUUGAACAAAGUUAAAAUAGUUACUAUUUCUUUAUAAUAAAUUUGAUGUAUAAUUUACUUUACUUGUGCUUUUUGCACCAAUUUAUAAAUACAGUAUAUGCAAUACACAACCAAGACUGACACCAACAUUAAUAAUUAAGUUCAAAAUAGCAAAUACUUACCAUACAAAAUAAACAGCAAAUACAUCUCUUAUGAAAGCCAGAGGCUUCUGGACUUGGGGGCCAGAUUCUCUGGGAACCGUGUCAAGGUUGAGCGCUGUGCAAUCUGAGGCCAGCUGCGAGAUUUUUUUUUCUCAGUUGGCAUAAGGUUCAGGAGAACCCAAACUGGACAGAGUCAUUUUUGCCAAAUCUGGCAAUAAAUAAUUGGAACAAUUCCACUGUGAUUUGCUCGGGCCUUUAAAAUUUACUCGUUCUACCUUCACAAAGACUCUGGCCAAUGACCUUGCCACGGACACCAAAUUCAAGCGCGGCUACUUCUAACAGGCUUCCACACACCUUGGGGUGACUCUCACGGAAGCCCUGGUUCAAGUUCUUGCUCUAAGAAGCUUAAGGACUAAGCAACAAUCUGUUUCAGCACCUUUUGACCACAACAAAAGCAAAGAAAAACCCUACAUAAAUAAGAACAAAGUUUAUAAAGUGCUUAUGAAAUUACAAACAUUUCAAAUGAGAGCAAUGCGAAUCAAUGUCCAUUUCACCAUCAAAGGUGAAUGCUGAAUAAAUGGGUCACUUCUGGGUCAAGAUCGGACAUGCCUUUCAAAUCAGUAGUUUGGUCCGGCACAGUUUGCAAAAAUAAAUCUUCAUCAUUAAUGAAUACAUAAAUAUGUUAAAUCCACCAUAAUUCAUUCUUUCUAUAACUAUGAGAUUAAAAAAAAAAAGCACCAAUUUCGAAAGGUCUGCUACCACACUCUUCCUGGAGUAGGCCCUCAUGAUCCACAUUGUUAAACCUACUGCAGAGCUGAAUGCAACACCACCAAACCCCAUCUCCUCCAUUACUUUCUGUUGAAACACCUUCGUAUGAAAUGAAGCCUAAAACGUAGGAAAACUUCAAAGAAAUAAAAGAACCAAGGGACAUUUCUAAAGACGACUAAUGCAUUAAACUUGAUUUUCUGUUUUUCAGUGCAAACACCAAACUUCACGUCUCGUCCUCUUCUGGGGUCAGAAGUGUGAAGGGUGCCCAUAGGGAGCCACUCCUUGCUGUGGCU